GGCCGCCGGCCGCCCCGCGAUCGCCUUCCCGAUCAUGACGCACAAGCAGAUCUACUAUUCGGACAAAUACGACGACGAGGAGUUCGAAUACCGGCACGUCAUGCUGCCCAAGGACAUCGCCAAACUGGUCCCCAAGACCCAUCUCAUGUCCGAGUCGGAGUGGCGGAACCUGGGUGUCCAACAGAGCCAGGGCUGGGUCCAUUAUAUGAUCCACGAACCAGAGCCACACAUUUUGCUCUUCCGAAGACCGCUGCCAAAGAAAAUAGAAAAAUGACACACGUCUGUCCUCUUCUAUGUUUUCGAUAGAAGCACCUUUUGGGAGAACAGCUGGUUCUCCAUUUUAAAAUUCCGAGAAAUAUUUUAAGAUGCCGGUCCAGAAAACGCCGCUCGACAUAACCAACACUGAAGCCGAGAAAAAACGGGUUUUCCCUGCAGUAUUUUACCUGGCCAAAGCAAUCUUCAAAAACUACAAUAGCUUGACUAUUUUUAAUACUUUUUUAUAAUGGCUGAAAACUUGGUUCGCCCAAGGGGGGCCAAAUUGUUGUGUGUGUUUUUUUAAAUCUCUGGUCUUGGAAAACUUCGUUCUGCUGUGUUGUUCUUAAAAUGUGCGUUUCCUUUUUAAUCUUAUUUUUCAACUUCUGCAUUAGGGCUUUGAAAAGUUACUCAGGAUACGCUUGUUCUUUGGCCUGUAUUAAUAAAGGGUCACCG